CUUCAUCUCAAGGAGAAGAGAGAGAGAGAGAGAGAGAGAGAGCAAAAAGAAAGGGAAUGAAAUAAAUCAGAUCGAAUACAAUUUUGACGUCCGCAAGGGACACUAUUCUCUCUCUUCAUCAACUUCUCUCUCUGAUACAGCGAAGAACAGGACACAAUACUCUUGAGCUAAACACCAUAAGGUAUAGUUUAAAAAAAAGACAGUUUGUAGGCGGCAGAGAAUUGUUUUUUGUUUCUUUUUGGGUUAUCCUAAAAGAUGAAGACAGAUUCUGGGUUGAUUUGAGGCUUAUUGGAGACAGAUUCUUCUUCGCCAGCGGCUUGUAAGUAUCGUUCUCAUAUUGUGUCUCUCCUCAAUUAGGGUUUGUUUUGUUUUUUUGGGUUCAAGGUGCCUGCUGAGUUCGAAUGGAGUAGAUUUGCUCAAUCCGGAUCGGAAACAACACUGUUCGACUUAACCGUGCAUUGACCACAUCUUUGGUAGUCCAAGUCCAACACAAAGCCUGAGGUUAUCUCUCUUGUUGGGAAGGGAGGGAGUAUGGUACCAUCAGAGGCGCCAAAUCCAGUAGGCAGUGGCGAUAAUAAUGUUCAACCACCAUUUCCUUCUCCACUGACUCAGUUCAGUAACAACAUGAGUAUGCCAAACACAUCUUCACUCCUCAACAACAACCACUCUUUUGCUUCAGACAUCGGGUUUAGUGGUUUGUCCUCGUCAGGUCAGCACUUCUCCAACGUUUCAGCUAACCAGCAACAACGGAGUAGUACUACGAAAAUGGAGCAGCAGCAGCAGCAGCGUGGAGGAGGGUUAGCUGGUGUCAAGUUGGAACCUGGUGGUGGUCAGGUUACCAACGACCAGAAAAUGUUGACAAGCUUGGGAUCCGUUAAGUUGGAACCGCAGCAACUUCAGGCCAUGAGAAACUUAGCACAAGUGAAAAUGGAACCCCAGCAUUCAGAGCAGUCAUUGUUUCUCCAGCAGCAGCAGAGGCAGUUUCUUCAAAUGCCGGGGCAAUCUCCACAGACUCAAAUGAAUAAUAUACUUCACCAGCAGAGACUUAUGCAACUUCAACAUCAGCAUCAGCAUCAGCAGCAACUCCUCCUCCUGAAAUCAAUGCCUCAACAGCGUCCUCAAUUACCACAGCAGCAGAGGCCGCCUAUGAAACCAGUCUAUGAACCUGGCAUGGGUGCUCAGCGUCUUACACAGUAUAUGUACCGGCAACAACAUAGGCCUCAAGACAAUAACAUCGAGUUCUGGAGAAAAUUUGUAUCAGAGUACUUUGCUCCUAAUGCCAAGAAGAGAUGGUGCGUUUCUAUGUAUGGUAGUGGCCGGCAAACAACUGGCGUUUUCCCUCAGGAUGUGUGGCACUGUGAGAUAUGUAACCGAAAGCCUGGGCGUGGUUUUGAGGCAACCGCGGAAGUCCUCCCGCGGCUAUUUAAGAUAAAGUAUGAAAGUGGCACUUUGGAAGAACUUUUGUAUGUGGAUAUGCCGAGGGAGUCUCAGAAUUCAUCUGGUCAAAUUGUCUUGGAGUAUGCAAAAGCAACACAAGAGAGUGUGUUUGAGCAGCUUCGAGUUGUUCGUGAUGGCCAACUUCGAAUAGUUUUCUCACCAGAUCUUAAGAUAUUCUCUUGGGAAUUCUGUGCUCGGCGGCAUGAAGAGCUUAUUCCACGCAGGCUUUUGAUACCGCAGGUUAGUCAGCUUGGGUCAGCAGCGCAGAAAUAUCAACAAGCGGCUCAAAAUGCAACAACAGAUUCUGCUCUUCCGGAGCUGCAAAACAAUUGCAACAUGUUUGUUGCAUCUGCCAGACAGUUGGCAAAGGCCCUAGAAGUACCACUCGUCAAUGAUUUGGGAUACACAAAGAGAUAUGUUCGGUGUUUGCAGAUCUCGGAGGUUGUAAAUAGUAUGAAGGACUUGAUAGAUUAUAGCAGAGAAACAAGAACAGGACCAAUCGAGAGUUUAGCCAAGUUUCCACGGAGAACAGGUCCAUCAUCUGCACUGCCUGGUCCUUCUGCUCAGCAGCCCAAUGAACAGCCAAGGCAGCAGCAGCAUCAAUCAGUUGCCCAGAUUGCAAACAAGGAUCAGAGUUGUGGGCAAAGCUCAUUAAAUUAUGCCUUCAAUGCAGCUUCGGCAUCCACCUCCACAGGCAGCAUCCACCAAAAUUCGAUGAAGCAAAGAAAUCAGAAUGCUGCUUACAAAACUCCAAGCAGUCCAUAUGGUGGAAUCUCAAUUCAGAUGCAGUCACCAAGCAACUCGGGUACCAUGGCGCCAUCAUCCCAGCAACAACACAACCUGCCAUCGUUUCAGUCUCCAACUUCCUCGUCUAACAACAACUAUCCAUCUCAAAACGGGAUAACAUCUAUUAAUAAUCACAUGGGUUCCACAAACUUACCAGCCAUUCAACAGGCUGCGGCUGAUGAAGCAAAUGAGUCUAGCUCGGUGCAGAAGAUUCUUAAUGAGAUCCUGAUGAACAACAACCAAACUCAUAAUACCUCAGGAGGAGGAGGGCAUGAGUCUUUUGGGAAUGACGGAAAGGGAGGUCGCAAUGUGAGUAGCUCUGGUGUUCUGAUGAUGAACAACGGUCAAGUGAACACAAGUAUUGGAGGGUUUGGAAUGACUAAUAUUAACGGGAACAAUGGUCUUAUGAAUGGAAGAGCUGGGAUGAUGGUGAGAGAUCCAAACGUGCAACAGGAUGUUGGAAACCAACGCUUAGGGGGUGCAGUCAAUGCUUUCAACAAUUUUCAGUGUGAUUGGAAUGUAUGAUGAAGAUGACUUGUGAGAGACUCUUAAUACGGGUAAUGUUCUCUGCUUUCAAAGCUCAUCACAAACUCAGGAUAAGCUAUGCUGUGCUUAAGAAAAGGAAGAGUUAAAAAUCUUCCUACAACAACUCGUUUCUAGGUCCACAACUACAGAUACCAUCUUGAGUUGCUGUUUCUUCUUCUUCUUCUUUUUUUUUUUGUUCUUCUCAAUCUUGGGGAGUUUGUUUUCUUAAUGCUUUUAUAGUUAUAGUGUACAUCUUUCUAUGGGUGUUGCAUCAUCAUGGAGGCAAUGGAUCAUGUGCUGUGUAUCCUUCAGUUUAUCUCGAUGUGUUGACGAAACUUUCCUAAA